AUGAUUUACGAUAUUAUGGAUAGAGAAAUGACAGACAAUCCGAUAUCAGUGGCCACCAAUGAUUCGGAACAAAGUACCCAGAGGGACGGUAAUGAUGAUGAUUACCACGCGUUGCUCCAAAAGGUUCGUCGCGUCAAGACCAUCAACUACGCUUUGAGAUCAAGGAUCAAGGAAGCCAAAUCUCGAGGCCCAGUGAAAACCGAAAAGAUUCGUCAGUUGGACACAACAAUCAUCAAGCUGUUAUUACAGGCAAACCUCCUCAACUACGGAGAUGAGGAUAUGUUGAUACUACGAGACGAGUUACAAAAGUACGGAGUAUUGCCAAUAUCUAGCGAUUGUAAACUACGAAAGAAAUUGGCGCGUCGUUUCAUUCCUACCAUUUCCAUAAUCGAUCCAAAAGUUAGCAUUGACAAUGACGAACGAAUCACGUCGUUUACGCUUUCCGAAUCAUUCAAACUUUCUUGCCAAUUGGUUCUUCAUCACUCAUCUAGCACUUUCAAGAGGUUUAAAAUUGUUGAAUACCAACGAGAAAGUCUUGGAAAUUUUGUCAGUUAUGAAUUGGCGGAGUUGAUGGAUAGAUAUUUCAAAGUGGUGAUAAUGCCAUCGGAGGAUUCCCCUCAAGGGAUAUCAGUCAGCCAAUUAGAAUGGGCGGACGGCUCUCAAACAUGGGAAUUGGAAUUGAAACAAAAUAUGAACCUCACCAGUUUUUUGAACGCCAUUAAUUCUUACUGUUUACAAAAAGUGAAACGUUCAUUCAUAUUGUUGAAUCUUGUCAAGUAUUUCAAAGACAUCUUGGAUGAACUGCUGGAAAUUUUCCAUUGUGGUGUUGCGGCAUUGAUCGCUGCGAAUUCUGCGCAAAUGAUGAAAUAUGGUAAAGGGUUCACUUAUGAUGAUGAAUUAGGAGAUAUUGACGAUAGCCAGCUAUUUAAAUUGAGUUACGAUGACCCAAGAAACCAUAUUGCGGUGGACCGUCUAUUGAACAGACUCGGGAUUUCUUUGAAUCAGUCAUUCGAAGAUACGAUAAUCGAGAUGAAAAUGGCUCCAGUCACUGAACUGUCCACCAACAGGAAAUGGGCAUUGAUGGGGCUUGUAAAGAACUCUGAUCGGUUGCGAAAAAUUCGAUUUGCAAAUGAAAAUCACACGUUGACAAUCUGUUGGGAUCUCGGGUUUGAUAUGUCCAGUACGGAUUUUGCAGCUACUUCGCAAUUUGACUCGUUGGUUAAUGAGGAAACUCAUAUAAAGUAUUGUCAACCAGAGUCAAGAAUCACUGCUACCGUAGUGUCAAAAAAUAAUCUACCUAUACCUGAAGCUUAUGAAAAUAUUGAUGAAAUUUUGAAUAAAUUGAUCCAACGGAAGGGAAUUUAUGAAGGGACCAUUAUUUUUGUGGAGAACUUCUUUGACAUUGAAAAGGAGUGA